CGCAGGCAGCUGGUGACAGCCAAAGUGAACCGCUCCCCCAGCAGACUGAAUCAACUGAAGACAUAACCGGACAGCUCGGUGUAAAUACAGUAGUCACGUUUACUGUUUACGGGAGACUCGUUUUACAACUUUGGGCCGAUUAGUCGUUUGGAUCCCGGUAUUAGUCCACGUAACGUUACCGUGUGUGCUGAUGGCACACUGAGUGAACACUGUUGCUUCGAGUUUUAGCAUAAGUAACGUUGACGUUAGCUAUAACGUUAGGUGUAUAGCGAGCAAAAGCUAGGUCAGUGUUUACGGUGGCGACGAGUAGUCCGUUGCUCUAGUCCGUCACGUUAUCGACAAAACGCCAGGUGGUCAAGUCCUCGGUGAAGAUGGGUGACAUUAACCCAUCGACAUCCCACGUCUUCCAGUCGGAGGGCUUCAGUCCGCCAUACAGGAGGAGGAGGACAGUAGAGGAUUUUAACAAGUUUUGCACUUUCGUCCUGGCCUAUGCCGGUUACAUCCCAUAUCCACAAGAGGACUCUCCACUGCGCAGUAGCUCCAGUCCCCCCAACAGUACAGGCAGCACGGCUGACAGUGAUGGCUGGACCCCGGGACCCCCAGCCUCCUGCCCCCAGCGCCCUCCCAAGGUCCCUCAGGACAGGAGCAGGAAACGUCCACAGCCAGGAGCCCCACUGUCCAGUCACACCAAGAAAGACCACACAAUCACCACCCUGCACCCGGAUGAUCGGAGGAAAGCUGACAAGCUAAAGAAGAAGAAAAGGAGAAAGGAGAGGGAGCAUUCGGCCGGUGAGGAAAGUGGGGUUCAGCAGGCGCACUCAACAGUCUCAGAGCUGCCGUACCCCGUCUCCUUUGGUGGCCGAGUGAUCAAAGAAGAGCCUGAAGAUGAUAUCAGCAUUCCUCUCCGCCCCCAGCUUCUGCCGAGCCCCGCCCCCUGCAAGGAGGAACCCAAGGAGGAACGUCGAAACUGGGAUGGUCAAGACCUUGAAGAAGGGGUGGUAAAGGUACAGAAGGUGGAGGGCCUUUCGGGGAACAGAACAGUGUUCCGCCAGGGGAAACAGGUGGUGUUCAGAGACGAAGAUGGAUCAGGAGAAGAUGAGGACAUCAUGGUAGACUCAGAUGACGACUCGUGGGACCUGGUGACGUGUUUCUGCAUGAAGCCAUUUGCAGGCCGCGCCAUGAUCGAGUGUAACAAGUGCAACACCUGGAUCCACCUGUCGUGUGCUAAGAUCCGCAAGAGCCACGUGCCAGAGACGUACGUGUGCCAGAGCUGCCGAGAGUCACAUGGAACGGCAGAUGCCCGCCGCUCCCACCGCUCACGUGUAGGCCCGCGCAAGCAUCUGCUAGACUGACCCCAGACCGAACCCUGAACUCUGACCCUUUCCACUCCUGCCCCUCCCACCAACCUCACCUGCUGGACUGACCCUUCCUUAAAUUCAGGUCUCGCACCCUUCAGUCUCUGUCCUUCAUGGUCAGCCAUGAACCCACAUUUUCUAUGAACACUUUGGUGGACCUAUCCCAAGCCCUUAUCCCGUUAGAAAACAGUUUGAGUGCUAUUUUAGAUUUACUAAGGUUUGUUCCUGCUUCCCUACAGACUCUGUGCGUAAGGCAAUCACUGAAUGGAUGUCUGUCUGUAGAUGACGUUAGCAUAGCAGCAAACCUCUACUGUUGGGACUUGGUGUCUCGUGAACACUGGAAACAUUUGAACUGCCAUAUAUAGAGAGAGAAUACCCUCACAACUGCCACCCACUAUGGUGCAUGCUGGGAUCUGUGGGAAAGACAGUUUGCACUUUUCUCACUUUUUUAAAAAAGAAUCCAUAUGACCUUUCUGUCACGGGGACAGGUAUGUCUUUCUGAUGAAACUGGAUUUCGAUUUCUCGUAGAUGCCUCUAUCAAUGUUACACAAUUAACCGUUAAAAAUGAGAAAACAAGUUAAGCCUUGUGUUAAUUGCUUCAGAUGGUGCUAUAGUAUUAAGCUGAGGUAUAAUCCAAUAGAACAAAGAUGUAGGAUAAGAGUCUAGAGUCUGCAUCUGCUUCACUGUUUGUUGUUCUGCUUUGUUAUUUAAGACAUUGUGAAAGAAAACCAUUGAGGCUUGAAGCCCCCGUACAGCCGAACCAAGCGCUUGUUCCUCUCCCUUGUACUUCACAAACCGUCUUCCAGCCUCAGAUACUCCUCUGAAUUGAGAUGUUACUCGGCCACACAUGGUGUUUUUACACGAUUUGCUUUUCAAAAAAGUUUAAACAGUGUUCUUAUUUCACCAGAAUUCUGUUUCAGAUGAGGGUCUUUUUCUCAUAAUAAAUAAAUUGUUAGUUCACACAUUGUAAAAAAGUCAGAUAACUGAUGAGAUUCAGACGACAGAGCUUUCAGUAAAGGUGUUUUCUGUUGCCUCUGAUCAGUGAUUGAACGAUGGUAUUUAUCAUAAACACUUUAAUUUUCCAAACCGUUAUUAAAAUCCACCUUUGUUUUCAACCAUUUCACGUUCAUGGCAGUUUUCAGAGACAUGUUUAUUUACAGAAGGGAACUCCUAUGGCCGUCCUGUUUAAGUUUCAACCGAAAAAAAAAGCUAUCGUAACUGGAAUAGUGUUGUUGGAAAGGUUCUCUCAAGAGUCCAGUUGAAAUUAUGCAUGAGUGUGUGUGUUUGUUUGAAUGGUUGACACUGUGUGAGGAUGUUGGCAAUGCAUGUGCUGCUAUGGCUCAACAAAGCUUUGUGGUUUUUGUUCCUUUGUGAGAUGGAGAAAUGGAUAUCUGUUGAAGAACCAUGGGCAAGGUCGGUUUGUUUUGUUUGUCUCUGAAGGGUCGAGUCAGAAGAACAGAUCUCGGUCUCUUAUCACCUCUCGCUAAUGUUUUCACAGCAGUAUUCAGUUACUUCCAUAUGCAGUGGGUUUAAUGGAGAAAGUGUUCAUUCAGGGCACUUUUUACCCUAAAACUUGCUGGAAAUCGGAUCUUAAGCUUCGUUAUUAAUGUGCCAUCUGCUGUUGUUUCUGAUUAUAUAAAAGCCAUACUGUAGUGAUUUUAGACUCAGAAACUUUUAUAUUAGUCCAGGAUGGGAUUUAACAAUGCAGAAUCAAUGACUCGACUGGGGAGCGACUAACAAACAAUGAAUGUUUGGUAUGUAAAAGAACACAAGACUUUUUAAGAGUUUAAAGUGGCGAAGCUCAUCUCUGCACUCGUGUCUUCUGGUAUUUACAAUUGAUGGUUAACUGGUUCCUACCCAGCAAUGGCCAGACCAUAAAAAAACAUCAGGCGAUGCUGUUUAAGGUGUUUCAAGACCUAAAAUCAUUUUGCUGUUUCUCAGGACGUUCAUGUCUUGAGGAGAACCUGAGGAGACAUCUUCAGGCACAAAUUUCUAAUCUUAGUCUGCGUCUCUAAGACAUCAGUGUAAUUAAUGUUAACAAUGCUCAUUGUGAUACAGCUCGUUUAUUCUGAUCUUGGGUUGUCCUAUCCCCUUAUUGAGAAAGCGUUGUCUGUACUGUGGUGCAAACUGUUUCUGUGAAACUAUUGUAAACUAUUGUAAAUAAAGAG